CAAGGACCUGUACAAGGAGGCCAUGAUGGAGGAGCACCAGCCUCUAAUAUCACAAGGAAAUUCCAGUAAGAAUUCUAAGCAAAACUUCUUGUACUCUCUAAAGUAUAAAGUAGAAGAUAUCAUACAGCACUCUUCAGGAGAAAAUCUUAUUACCUUUAUUGUAUAUCCAGGACUGCACAGUACAGAUCUAUUAUAUAAUCCCUCUAAAGACAAAGAUCCUCCUCCUGACCAGUCACGGUUUGUUACUACCAGUAUAGGUCAGAAAGGGGGUGAAACGUUUCACUGUGGUGAAGAGGUCUCAAAUACCUCAAGUUUUUCUACACAUAGAAGAAAUGACACAGAGGAGAAGAUCUACUCUUGUUCAGAAUGUGAAAAGUGCUUUACAAAGAAAUCAAGUCUUGUUUCUCAUAAGGGAAUUCACACAGGAGAGAAGCCAUAUUUAUGUUCAGAAUGUGGGAAAUGUUUUAUAAAAAAAUCACAUCUUGUUAUACAUAAAAGAAUUCAUACAGGGGAGAAACCAUACUUCUGCUCAGAGUGUGGGAAGUGCUUUAUAGAUAAAUCAGCUCUUGUUAGACAUGAGAGAAUUCACACCACAGAGAAAGUGUAUUCAUGUUCAGAAUGUGGUAAAUGUUUUACUCAAAGAACACAUCUUGUUACACAUAAAAAAAAUCACACAGGGGAGAAGCCAUAUUCAUGUUCAGAAUGUGGAAAGUGCUUUACAUAUAAAUCACAUCUUGUUACACAUGAAAGAAUUCAUACAGGGGAGAAACCAUACUUCUGCUCAGAGUGUGGGAAGGGUUUUACAGAUAAAUCAGCUCUUGUUAGACAUGAGAGAAUUCACACUGGAGAGAAGCCAUAUUCAUGUUCAGAAUGUGGGAAAUGUUUUACACGAAAAUCAUAUCUUGUUACACAUGAGAGAAUUCACACUGGAGAGAAAGCAUAUUCAUGUUCAGAAUGUGGGAAAUGUUUUACUCGAAAAUCAUAUCUUGUUAUACAUGAAAGAAUUCAUACAGGGGAGAAACCAUACUACUGCUCAGAGUGUGGGAAGUGCUUUACAAAUAAAUCAUAUCUUGUUAAACAUGAGAGAAUUCACACAAGAGAGAAGCCCUAUUCAUGUUCAGAAUGUGGUAAAUGUUUUACUCGAAGAUCACAUCUUGUUACACACAAAAAAAUUCACACAGGGGAGAAACCAUAUUCAUGUUCAGAAUGUGGGAAAUGUUUUACUAUUAAACGAAGUCUUGUUCAACAUGACAGAUGUCACACAGGAGAGAAGCCUUAUUCAUGUUCUGAAUGUGGAAAAUGUUUUACAAAUAAAACACUUCUUGUUAGCCACAAAAGAAUUCACACAGGAGAGAAGCCGUAUGCUUGUUCAGAAUGUGGGAAGUGCUUUGUAGAUAAAUCAAGUCUUGUUGUACAUGAGAGAAUUCACACAGGAGAGAAACCAUAUUCAUGUUCAGAAUGUGGUAAAUGUUUUAUUACUAAAGCCAGACUAAGGAUUCAUCAGCGAAGCCACACAGGGGAGAUAUUCAUUUGAAGGUCUUUAUGUGGAAAAUGUUUUUUAAGGAAAUCAAGAAGAUGAAUUGUCCCCAUGAACCUUGCUUCUUAUCACUGUAUUCACACCUCCACCCACACUGCGGGAGAGUCCAGAGUGGCAUGGGGAAAAGUAACAACGCUCCAUGGAAUUGUUUUAUAACGUAUGUGGACAUAUUAAUAUUUCAUCUUCAUUCAAACAGUAUUUACAGAUAAAAUAAACUCUUCUAUUUGCUCCACGACAGCAUCACCAUUGUCACUGACAGACAUUGUUUUCUUGGCUCAUAUUAUAGUUUCUCCUCGCGCUGUGACCUUCAUUGCUCCUACAGACUAACC